UUUCUUCAAACAGAGCUGGUGCUUGGCCCUAUAUCACGACAGAUUCUCAGACUUUGAGCAAGAGCUUCAGCAGAUCACCUCACACACAGGCGAUGUUUCGGGGCAGACGGUGGAGGACGGUGUCUCUCCGGCCCUCCUUCAGGACAGGUCUCCAGCCGCUGAGGUCCGAGCGGCUGUGAGGAGCAGCGCGGUCAGAUAUCUGAGCUUCAACAGGAACCUGCUGCCCAUGUUCGCCGGCCCCGGACAGCUGUGACACAUCAGCAACCACUUUAAAUACGUUUCAACGCAUUGUUUAAAAUCUUAUUGCCUUUGAAACGGGAAACUGAACACACCGAGUGAAUCCUUAAGGUCUGCUCAAUACUUCCUUUCAUCAUAAAAAACAAUUCCUUACGGACAUUUUCAUUGUUUUAAUGUGUGAGCGUCUGGUUCUGGAAGGUAAA